AUGAAAAAUCCAUUGAUAAAAUUGUACACUCAGGAAGGCCUUGAGGAUUUGUGGGGCGGUUGGUGUGGCGCCGUUCAUAAUAUAUUUGUAAACGGGGGAAAUAUUUGCAAGGAGGAUUUAGGAAAAAUUAAAUGCCCCACGUUAAUUUUGCAUGGGGAUAAAGACCCCAUGGUGCACCCUGAACACCCUGAAUAUUUGUUUCAGAAUAUUAAAAUGUCCAAACUGAAAAAAAUUAAAAUGUACAAAUUCGCAGUUUUGCUUUUAAGUAUUGGUGUUGCUAUAGCAACUCCAUAUAUGGCAGGGGGCGACUCUAGUACUACUGCAGCACCAGACCCAGAUACACUCAGUUACCACCCAAAAUCUGUUAACGUACCUGAUGUGUCUUAUGUUACCGACGCUGUAGAGGCCCUAAAAGAAGCCUACUUGUUGUCAGACAAUACUACAGAAAGAGCUGCUUACUUUAUCCAAGUUUUUAACAUAAAACACAAACAAACCUGGGGAUGUGCAGCCAAAUACGAGGUUUUCCAAGCACCCGUCAAAUCUUAUAUUGACAUCCAAGUUUCUGACGGACGCUUAUGGAAAAUAUUCAGCCUAAACUAAAUUGUGGGUUUAUUUAUAUAAGAUGUUAAUAAAUACUAUUUUUGUUCAUUAAAAAAAGUUUGUUUGCACAACCUGGCAAC